AUGGCGACAGAUAAGGCGAUCUGUCGACGGUUACUUUACUAUCUCUUUGUCACCCCUUUGGUGACGGUUUACAGGGAAUUCGCUGGGAAAGUGGUCUGUUUCUUCACCGCCCACUCCCUGGUAGUUAUCUCCACGGUGGAAUCCACGAUUCAUCGUGAUGCUACUUCUUCGGCUUCAGGCAACGUUCUAUUAAAGUUUCGAUUUACAAUCCCAGAAUCCACAAAUCUCAUCUCUCUUAAACCUCCAAACCACUUCCCUUUACGAUUCUACCAACCUCUAUCACAAAUGGCAGACAAUCUCCGUCGUGCGGUUCAAGACAUCAAUUUGGGAGUUGAUGACAUUCCUUUUGCUCUACCGGAAGACAUUGUGAAUCAUGCGGUUGCAGAAAACCGCUUCAUCCUGUUUGGCCGGCCGGUUAUGCCCAGAAGGCAAAAUCUCCGUUCCAUUGUAGCAUCUAUGCCUCGAAUCUGGGGUCAGAGCGGGCUUGUCCAUGGCAGAAUCAUGGAAGGACGCCAGUUUCAUUUCAUCUUUACGUUAGAGGAGUCUCUCGAAACGGUGCUACGUCGUGGUCCCUGGGCUUUCAACGAUUGGAUGAUUCUUCUUCAGCGAUGGGAACCUCAGAUUCCUCUCUUCCCUUUUAUCCCUUUCUGGGUUCAGAUUAGAGGAAUCCCUUUCCAAUUUCUCAAUCGAGGUGUGGUUGAGCACAUUGGCAGAGCUUUGGGUCAAGUGUUGGAUACUGAUUUCAAUGUGGAAGUUGUAGCCAGAAUGGACUUUGCCAGGGUUCUUCUACAUUGGGAUAUCACCCACCCUCUUCGCUUCCAACGACAUUUCCAAUUCACGGCUGGCGUCAACACUCUCCUCAGGUUUAGAUAUGAGCGUCUCCGUGGUUUCUGUGAGGUAUGUGGAAUGUUAACACACGACUUUGGUGCCUGUUUGAUUCAAAAUGGUGGUGAAGAGCAAGCUGAUGAUGAUGAUGACGACGAGGAACACCCGCAGACAUACCAUAAUUAG